GGGAGGUGCAUGGUACUGGGAGGUGUCCUGAGAUGACUCAAAACAAACGCUGGAGGAAAGGGAGAAAGCAAACAGGGGCAGGGAAGUCAACAAGUGGGGCUUCCUUCUCUGCGGUCCGUCAUAUCUGCAGGGCUACUUAGGAGACUGACCGCAAGACACCCCUCCAGAGGGUAAAAACUAUUUGCCACCCCGAAGCCCCGCCCCCUCACUAUUCCUACGCACUUGGCAGGAAUGGCAACGAGCGCUAAGAGGUUAAAGUCAAUGUUGUCUUACGAGGUUCAGGGACAAAAUUUGGCCCUAGGGGCAGAUGUGCCAGGACACAUGAGGUGUCCAAUGUGCGUCCAGUUUGCAAAUUAGAUGCAGGCGAAGGGGCAAUCUUCGACUCUCGGCACGAGACCAAGCCUUUCGGACUUCAGUCUUUCUGCGCUCAGCUACUCUCCCCUAGCUCUUCUCCCUUCUUUCCCCAGCAGUUUCCCUGGCUUGGGGGCGCUCGGUGUUCGGCCACGUCGCCUGUCGCCUGGUAGUGGGACCGGAAGUUGUUCAGGGGAGGGGAGACGGCUGGGAUGGGGGGGUGUUUACCGGGGGGACCGUCCCUCUUCAGGUGAAGCUGCUGAUGGAUAUGGAGCCGCCGCCGCUGAGCACCCGGGACCCGGCUUCGGCCCGGUUGCCACCGCCUCAGUGACCCCCUAAACCCCCCCCGCACUGGGCUUCCCGGGCCAGAGUGGGGGACCCCCGCCGCCCUGCCCUCAUCUUCCCCUAUACCGUCCCCUCGCUCACACCGCAGCCUGAGCGCGCGCGGAGCAGCCUCAGUGUACAUGGGGAGGACAGGGGAGCGCAAUGAACAAGAGGAAAGAUGCAUUCGCCUGAGAUCUAGGAGGAGACAAAGACAGAAGGUGACCACCUACAGCCUGAUGAAAAAAUGAGGCAGAUCUUUCUGCUGUACAGACAGACACAGGAGCUGAGAAAGCAGAAUCUAAGAUGGACAUAGAAGACUGCAAUGGCCGCUCCUAUAUGUCUGCCGGAGAGGGAUCCCUCAGGAGGGUGUGUUCCGGAUUUCUUGCCUCAGGCCCAAGACUCCAACCAUUUUAUAAUGGAAUCUUUAUUUUGUGAAAGUAGCGGGGACUCAUCUCUGGAGAAGGAGUUCCUUGGGGCCCCAGUGGGGCCCUCGGUGAGCACCCCCAACAGCCAGCACUCUUCUCCCAGCCGCUCACUCAGCGCCAACUCCAUCAAGGUGGAGAUGUACAGCGAUGAGGAGUCGAGUAGACUGCUGGGGCCAGAUGAGCGGCUCCUGGAAAAGGACGAUAGUGUGAUCGUGGAAGACUCGCUGUCGGAGCCCCUGGGCUACUGUGAUGGAAGUGGGCCAGAGCCUCACUCCCCUGGUGGCAUCCGGCUGCCCAAUGGCAAGCUCAAAUGUGAUGUCUGUGGCAUGGUCUGCAUUGGACCCAACGUGCUCAUGGUGCAUAAACGCAGUCACACAGGUGAGUAAGCCAGGGGACCAGGGAGGAACUCCCACUGCGGAGCCUCCUUCACCCAGAAGGGGAACCUGCUGCGCCACAUCAAGCUGCACUCCGGGGAGAAGCCCUUCAAAUGCCCCUUCUGCAACUACGCCUGCCGCCGGCGGGACGCGCUCACUGGCCACCUCCGAACACACUCCGUCUCCUCUCCCACGGUGGGUAAGCCCUACAAGUGUAACUACUGUGGCCGGAGCUACAAGCAGCAGAGCACCCUGGAGGAGCACAAGGAGCGGUGCCACAACUACCUGCAGAGUCUCAGCACUGAAGCCCAAGCCCUGGCCGGCCAACCAGGUGAUGAGAUACGUGACCUGGAGAUGGUGCCAGACUCUAUGCUGCACUCAUCCUCUGAGAGGCCCACAUUCAUUGAUCGUCUGGCCAACAGCCUCACCAAACGCAAGCGUUCCACCCCCCAGAAGUUUGUAGGUGAGAAGCAGAUGCGCUUCAGCCUCUCGGACCUGCCCUACGAUGUGAAUUCGGGUGGCUAUGAGAAGGAUGUGGAGCUCGUGGCACAUCACGGCCUGGAGCCUGGUUUUGGAGGUUCUCUGGCCUUUGUGGGGGCAGAGCACCUGCGUCCCCUCCGCCUUCCACCUACCAAUUGCAUCUCAGAACUCACGCCCGUCAUCAGCUCUGUCUACACCCAGAUGCAGCCCCUCCCCGGUCGACUGGAGCUUCCAGGAUCCCGAGAAGCAGGUGAGGGACCCGAGGACCUGGCUGAUGGUGGUCCCCUCCUCUACCGGGCCCGAGGCCCCCUUACUGACCCUGGAGCAUCCCCCAGCAAUGGGUGCCAAGACUCCACAGAUACAGAGAGCAACCACGAAGAUCGGGUUGGGGGGGUGGUAUCCCUCCCUCAGGGUCCCCCACCCCAGCCACCUCCCACCAUUGUGGUGGGCCGGCCCAGUCCUGCCUACGCCAAAGAGGACCCCAAGCCACAGGAGGGGUUACUGCGGGGCACCCCAGGCCCCUCGAAGGAAGUGCUCCGGGUGGUGGGCGAGAGCGGUGAGCCUGUGAAGGCCUUCAAGUGUGAACACUGCCGCAUCCUCUUCCUGGACCAUGUCAUGUUCACCAUCCACAUGGGCUGCCAUGGCUUCAGAGACCCUUUCGAGUGCAACAUCUGUGGUUACCACAGCCAGGACCGGUAUGAAUUCUCUUCCCACAUUGUCCGGGGGGAGCACAAGGUGGGCUAGCAGCCCACUGCCCUCCCCUCAGUUCGCCACUCCCUUGCCCCACCUACAGGAGUCUAGCCCUGUCCCCACCACAUCCCAAGAAGUUGUGCUGUGUAGCCCCACCACUGGCUACCUAAUGUCACACUUGACCCCGAAUCUUUCUCACCUGUCCUUCCCCCUGACUGAUUCAAGCAUCGUGAUGAAACAGGUUUUUGCUUAUGUUUCUCCUUUUUCUCUUACCCUCUCAUCCCAGCAUACUCAGAGUUAUUUAUUAAUAUAAUUAGCUGAUUUUUCUUUUGCAUUUUUUAACUUCUAUCAGUCACUUGCCACUCCUCCAUCCUCUUGCUCACAGUCCCCUUCCCCUUUAGGCCUAAUUUUUCUCUCUCUGUUCUGGCUUUCUCCAACAGCCCCUGGGGUGGGAAGCUCCUCUUAGUACUAAGAGACCUUGAACUUGUUGCGUUAAGUCCUCACUUUUGCAUUGCGUGAUGCUUCAGUUUUGACUCUGAUAGCUCCCUCUGGCCCUACCUUAGCUCUGUGGCAUUAUAUCUCCUCUCUGGGACCCUUCAGCCCGGUACUCCAUACCUCUUGUGCCCUCUCACAUUAGGCAGCUUGCACUUUUCUUAAACAAAGGAAGAAUUCCCUCAUUUGGAAGUAGGAGGGGCUGAAGACAUUCUCCCCAGUCACUGUGGGACUGAGGGUCUUGACUGCCCCCUAGUAACAUGAGUUUCCCAAAGCCCACAUUCAGGAUCUCCCUCUAGGAUGUGAUAUAUCUCUUCCCUCUUCUCGAACAACCCCCAACACUGCUCUACUUGCUUCAACCUGCCAGUCUACUCGGUGGUAGCUUUUCUCUCCUUGGAGUGCCCCAAUUUUAUAUUCUCAGGGGCCAAAAGGCUAGGUCUGCAUCCUCUGUCUCUGACACGUUGGGAGCCACAGGUGCCUAAUUGGGAACCAGGGCAUGGGAAGGGGGUCGUUCAAAAUUCUCCUUACUCUCCCACCUCUCAAACUUCUUCACUCUAGUGACCUCCCUAGGCUCUCAGGGACUCCUGCAGUCCCCGUCCUAUGAGAAACCAGUGGGUUGCUGCCUGAAGACAAGGGGGUAUCUCAGGCCCUCGGUCACACUGCCUUCUUCUCUCCCCACCCAGCAGGAUUCAACCUCGGGAAGAAAGAGUGCCUCUUUUCUCUCUUCUGAUUUUCAGUGUAACCAAAAAUUAUCCCAGGACGAGCAAGGGCAUGUGCCCCUUACCCUGUCCCACUCUUGUCCCAGCAAGAAUGGGAUGGGCACAACUGAAAGGGGGCCACCUGUGACUGCCCCCCGUCUACACUCAGCUCCCAGAUGUAGGGCAGGAGGGGCACCCUCCUCCUGGCUAUCUGGGUAACCUGGUUAGCGAGAAGGGGCAGGAGGAGACACAGCUCCACUGCAAGUGGAGGUCUCUCACCAGAGUUCCCUGCCCAAGGCCACAGCCAUCCCAUUCUCUGCUUCCUCGAGAUUCAAACCAAAGGCUGUUUUUCUAUAUUUAAAGAAGAAAAAAAAGUAGAAAACCAAACACAACACCUCACAAGUUGUAACACUUGCUCCUUCUCUCUCCUUUUUCUUCCUUUCCAUCUUUCUUUCCACAUGUCCUUUCCUUAUUGGCUCUUUCGCCUCCUAUUUCUCUCACUCCCGAUCAGGGAUGAAUUGGGGGUUGCUAAAGGAUUGGCUAAGGAACAGACCCUGGGAUUGGGGCUCUGAGAAGAGUCUACUUUACCCCCUCGGGGGAAGGAAGACACUUAAAAAAUUUCUCCUCUUCUUCCUUCUUUUUCUCCCCCAUUAUGUGGUCACUCCCAGAGAACCAGAUUGCCAGGGAGGGGCACUGUGGGUUGAUCUUUCCUCCUUGACAAGGUAGCAAUAAACAGAUGCUGCCAAGGGCAGAGGAUGGGGCGGUUAUCUGGGAGGAGAGUGGUCUCUAGAGAAGGUGAGAGUUUUCUCAUCAGCAACAUGGGAACUGGCGCCUUUCUUCAGGAUGGCAGCAGAGAUGAGAUUAAUAUCCGGGUUCCCCUCAAUUGUUCUGAUUGUUGAACCCCUUCCUGGUAGACCUUACCACCUCUUCUGUGUCUGCUGUAUCUUUGGUAACACCUCAUAAGGACUAGUCCCUUCUGGGGUAUCAGAGCCUUAGGGUGCCACCAUCUCCUCCCCACGUCAGAUUUGGCACCUAUAACCUCCUGGAAAAUGAAGGACUGUGCUCGGAGGUUGUGCUCUGAGCCCAUGAGAGCAGAGACUGGAAGGCAAGACCAGGUGCUAAGGAGGGAGAGAAGCGCACUCUGUCUCUCUCCAGACCAUCACUGCACUUUAACCAGGGUCUUAGGUACAAAAUCCUACUUUCUGGAGCCUUUCAGCUCUGGAAACUCAAACACUCUCAUGCUCUCUCUCCCAACUCCUUUUGCAUAAAAAAGAAAAAAGAAAAAAAUACAUGGAAACCCACAUGGAGAAAAGAGGUGUUUUCCUUUUAUAUUGAUACUCAAAUUAACACCACACACAAAAGAAUUUCUAAAUAGACACUUUUCCAGAUCUUUGUUUUCUCGUGUCAGUGUCCAAGCUGCAGGUGGGAUUUUGUAAUACUUCUGGCAGCUUCUGUCCUUGUGUAAAUAAUAUAUAUUAUAUAUAUUUUUAAUUAGAAGUUAUGAAGAACAAAAA